GCACCGAAGGUCUCGACGCCACCACAGCGUGGGGCGGCCCCGCAACCGACAGUGGCUGAGCUCCUCACGCAGCUCCAGCAGCAUGUCAAGGCGGACGCAGGAGCGCAGGAGCUGCAGGCCUUGGUCAGAGUGGUGGCUCCGCCCGCGCCUGCGCAGCCAGCUCGCCAGCCGCUGUUGGAGGAAACCAUCAGUGCGAAGAGAGUGGCGUGCAGGAGGGCGGAGAAGGCCUUGGAGCACGCGGUCCGCCAGGAGGAUGAGGCGCGGCGCUGGCUGGCGGAGUGCAGCCAGGGGGCCCAGGAGGCGGCAGUAUGGGCGGUGCAGGCCAAGACUGCCUGGCAAGAGGAGCUCAAGGCCGAGCUGCAGAAGGCCCGCGGCUCGACGCCUGGUGCGGGGCCUCCGCCCGACGCGGUGCAUGUGCCGACGGGCUCCCAGAUCAACUUGUCGCAGCUGCUGGGGGAGGAGAGUGGCUUCGAAGGCGUGGAGAUCGUGGACGGCGAGGCUCUCGACCUCAGUGAGCUCGAGACUGAAGACGAGGACAAGCAGCGGUGGUUUGCCCUCAAAAGCAACAUGGCGGCUGAGAUCCAGAAGGCAAUUGUGGCUACCACCGGGCCCAGCGCAGACAACAUUCAGCGGCCCAGAGCGGAAGCCAGGGACAUGCGGAAACGCGUGUCGGCCAAGCGCGCCCGCCAGUCCGACCGUGGCGAUGACACCAGUGCCGCCGCCGCCGCCCAGCCUGGAACGCCACCCGCAGCGGUGCUGCAAGCUGCCGCCGACGCGGCCAGAGCCAAGCUGGCCGAGGGCAGUGG